AUGGACUCCUUGAGCCCUUUACCUCCUUCCGUCCCCUGGCACAUGUUCAGCAAAUGGACAACACAUGACUUCCAGAGCACAGGCAUGAUACCAUUUCCUUUUGGGCCUGGGUCUUUGUCAGCACCCUAUGAUCUGGUGAAUGGUAUAACCCCAUUUGUUGAUGCAGUCUCAUCUUCUGCGCCCUUUCUACCUCCCAUGGGGUUCGAGAUGCAACAAGACCAUUUCCCCGUAUAUUCCCAAACGCCAAAUACUCUGCCCCACCCCUUGAGAUCUGACCUCUCAGAGAUUCGAUAUACUCAGGAGGGGGAACACCUGUCCUCAAGCUUAGCAACCCCCAGGCCAGCAGAAGGGUUCUCUUACCAUCCCAAUACCGUCUAUCACACUUCUUUGACCGUAGGACACUCCGGGGCGCCACCCAUGCCGGUACACGGAUAUCCGUCCCCUCUGAGCUCAUCGAUUCCAGCUCGGGGGGGAGCUGCUCGUCAUACGCGACAGACGCGAGAAUACAACCCUUACCCAAAAUUGGGUUCUCUUUCGGGUUAUAAAGCAGCUGGAGGAGGUGUAGUAGAACCACUAUUAUUACCCCCUACAGAAAGGCCAAUCCCGCUUCAUGAACUACGGUACAGGCAAGCUCCGGAAUGGGACAUGCUUCCUAAAUUCAACUUGACUGAGGAUGGGUGGUAUAUCCCUGGACAUUCUCUCUUACUAGGUCUUUCUCUUAUGGCCGACAGCACUUCUGAAGUGGGGAACCUCACUUUUGGCUUAGGAAGUAGCAGGGUGUACCUGGCAAGUGACUCCAGUAUGGGGGUGUCAAAGCCACAUGCCUUAGAGACAAAUCUACAUGAAAAGGCUCGGACUAUCAUUCGACAACACCUGCAAAUCAGUGCCCCAGUUUCAAGGGACAAUGUUGGACAAAACAGAAUGGAAUCACUGAUUGGGAUGGUGACAACUGCGGUCCAAACCCUUCUUCGCACUUGUUCUACAGAUACAAUUCUACCUGAAAAGGUCCUAGAAAUCUUGUUGUUCACUUUGGCAGGGACAGGUCACAACAAGAAUAUAACUUUGAAGUCGACCAUGACUGCAUCAGCAAGAGAAUGGCUGAACGGGCACCUGGACUCCACACAGCUACCAGUGCAAACUGCUAGAGAGGAGUUCAGUGACAAUGUACAAAGACAUAUUUCCCCAGAAGCAAGUACAAGUAGCUGUCCACCACCUCUGAUACCUCACAAAGGUAAUUGUGGAUCCUCAAGGCGAAACCCAACAGGUGAUCAGCCCCAACAACGUGGGCUAGGCCGCGCCGCUCUGGUGGAUAGGCGCUUCACAAAGGAGGAUCAACCUCCACUUCCUGAUCCCACUCGUCCAACCGCCAUUGUUGAUGAGAGCGGCUGGACACUAAGCCAAGAUCCAUUUAUCUUAAGGAUGGACUUUUGUUUUGGAGAGAGACUCUCCUUUGUUGAGAGUUCCCAUGAGGUGCUUUUUCAAAAUCAGACAGCAAACGCAAGCAUUGAACGUGCCAUACCAAAUGAAGUUGAAAUGCCUUGUAUCACAACUCCGGAGCUGCAUGGACUCCAUCGUUCCCAGCCAGAGAUGUUCCACUCCGGAGUGGUCUGA